CAGUCGGAGUAAAAAUAUAAAAAAUCCACUGCCGGAUACAUUCCGCAUUGGAUACAAGAGUUUGUCGAUGCGUUUACGACGAUGGCGGCACCCAAAGUACAAAAUAAUUUGAAAAGGAAAUAUGUAGAGAUUGAUAUGAACGAGGAAGAUGAAUCUUAUAAUAAGGAACUGAAAUCAGGUCCUCCAAGACUGUGUCCCUAUCUCGAUACAAUAAAUAGGCAAUUUCUCGAUUUUGACUUUGAAAAGCUUUGUUCAGUUUCAUUGUCAAGAAUCAAUGUGUACGCGUGUCUGGUUUGUGGUAAAUAUUUUCAAGGAAGAGGUACCAAUACACAUGCCUAUACUCAUAGUGUGGCUGAAAGUCACCAUGUAUUUUUAAAUCUUCAUACCCUUCAGUUUUAUUGUUUACCGGAUAACUAUCAAAUUAUAGACUCGUCGUUAGAUGAUAUAAAAUAUGUGCUUAAUCCAACGUUUGAUAAAAUUCAAAUCGUUCAGUUGGAUAACAAUGACAAGCUUUCUAGAGCCAUAGAUGGCUCUAUGUACUCUCCAGGGAUCGUUGGUAUGAACAAUAUAAAAGCUAACGAUUACUGUAACGUCAUUUUGCAAGGACUGUCGCACGUAACUCCAUUACGCAACUACUUCUUAAGAGAAUCAAAUUAUUCAAAAAUAAAAAGGCCACCCGGUGACUCGUCGUAUCUUCUUGUGCAAAGAUUCGGUGAGUUAAUGAGGAAAUUAUGGAAUCCACGUAAUUUUAAGGCACACGUAAGUCCUCAUGAAAUGUUACAGGCUGUAGUUCUAUGGAGUAAAAAGAAAUUUCAGUUCACCGAACAAGGUGACCCCGUUGAUUUUCUCUCGUGGUUUUUAAAUGCGCUUCAUUUAGCGCUAAAUGGAACAAAGAAAAGAGAUUCAAGCAUAAUUUACAAGACAUUUUUGGGACACAUGAGAAUCUAUACGCGCAAAAUUCCACCUCUCGAGUUGGAAGAGAGUCAAAGAAGCGAACUUUUAAAUACAGUAGAAUAUGGUGAAACGGUGACCGAAAGCCCAUUCCUCUAUUUAACUUGCGAUUUACCACCACCCCCACUGUUUAAAGAUCAAUUCACAGAGAACAUCAUUCCACAGGUUAAUUUGUACACUCUACUAAAUAAAUUUAAUGCGGUAGCGGAAAAGGAAUAUAAAACUUACAAGGAGAAUUUCAUGAAGCGUUUCGAAAUCCGGGAAUUGCCACCGUUUUUAAUUCUUUACAUCAAGCGAUUUACGAAGAAUACGUUUUUCGUCGAGAAAAAUCCAACGAUAGUCAACUUUCCCGUUAAAAAUGUUGAUUUCGGAGACAUAUUAACGCCCGAGGUGAAGAGCACUCAUCCUUGCACGACUUACGAUCUCGUUGCAAAUAUCGUUCACGACGGCGAACCCAGUCACGGCACAUACAGAGUUCACAUUCUCCACAAAGCUACGGGCCAAUGGUACGAAUUACAAGACCUCCACGUCACGCAAAUCCUACCUCAAAUGAUCACGCUCACGGAGGCCUACAUCCAAAUCUACGAACUGAGGCAAGACGAUAUGCUUCCCGAGAAUGGAAAAUCAUAAAUGCCCCCUAUCAUCAGACUCGCCAAACUCUAUUAUGUAUAGUCUUAUUAAUUAAGAAGCCGAAUUAAAUUGUAAUUUUAAGGA